CCUCCGAAUUUCACGAACUCUUUUGCCUAUUCAACGAAACUAGCAGGAUUGCUUGCACAGCGUAUCCUACACUUUAUUCAGUUUUGCUUGAGACUUCAGCCCUGUCAACUGACAAUUUCUCUCAUACUAAUAAUCACCUCAGGAGUUAUACCACCUGAACUCCCACCUUCUGUGGAAGAAGCAUAUCGUGCAAAAUGUAUUCAGCUCAAGCAUCGAUUAAGCGAAGUUGAGGAAGCAAACGAUAAUGCUCGCGCGCGAAUAGUUCGAAUUAACCGAAGCAUCCAAAAGUCAAGACUAGAACGUGCUUUUCUUUUGGAGCAACUUGCAAAACGAACAAGUGCUAAUGUUGAGGAUUCAGAGGGUAGCCCCAGUCCUCCCCCCACUCCAAAGGAUAAGCCCUUACGUAUUAAGCGUGGUCAUCGCAAGCCGGAGUUCAUGAAUAACGACGCAACUGAAGCGCAAACUAGGAGUAUAUGUGCUGGACAGGGGCAGACAACUAUGUCUCCACCUUCAGAUGCCGUCUCAAACACAUUUCCAGAUCCUCGUCGUAACUCUACCCCUCAAACACAGUCUCAACCCUCUAAACGCCAGCUGCUCAGUAAUGGGACAAAUAGAUCUUCUGGACCCUCAAUUUUUUUAUCGAACCAAUCGCGUCAGCAUGACCCGAAUAAUGCGUUCGAAGUUUAUAACAACGAACUAAGACCAAAUUUAGAGAAUGAGCAUAGAAAAGAGAUUCUUGAGGGAUCAUACGAUCUGGAAGCCGCUCUGCUUAUGGGGUGGAACGCCUUGGGCCCUAAGAAGAAGAAUGAAUAUAAACAGAAACUUGAUAUUAUAAAGCAAGCUCUAGACGCUGAUGAAGACACUGUCCGCGGCGGAACUCCUCGUCUGGCUUCCCCUCAUUUACAACGAGUGGAAGAAGUCGAAGAAAAUGAUGUAGAGAUGGCUGAUGAUGUCAGCACACCUGUACCAGCUCCUGAAAUUAGUGGUUUUACCGCCGUUAAUCGUACUUGA